AUGACCCUACACGAGGACAAGCCGAACCUUACAGCUUUACGUACUGAAUCGAAUUCGAUUAAUUCUUCUGAUCGUCGAGUUCCAUGUGAUCUGAACACGACUCUCGACCCAGAGAAACGUAGCGAUUUUUACGCUGGAUUCCCACAGUUCAAACAAUCCGAGAUAGCAGCGAACCCAGAUUUUGUUGGAGGUUGUGUCUUUGAAAGACAGGAUUCGUUAGCGAGAGCCGCAACGCUACAAGAAUGUGAUCGAUCGAGGGAUCCUGAGGGAAUUCUGAAUUUCCUAGAGACAACAAUGAACAUAGAAGACUAUUUGGAGGAUAUUACACAUAUGACUGGCGUGCCUGUCGAUGAUCUUGAUUUGGAUGAUAUAGAACUGCAGAAAUGUAAUAUUCUUUACAAUGACGGUAAAGCCCUACAAAGUUAUGAGACAUAUGACCCUUUCGCUCAUUCGGAACUUCUCAUACGAGAGCAGUUGCAUCCCGAAGCCUAUGCAGCGCCUAGUCCUGCACUAGCAGAAGUUAAGAAAGAACCUGAAUGGGAAAAUAGCCGCCCAACCGCCACAGCAACUCGUUCGUCAAAGAGGUCCACUCGAGCGGUGCAACCCUUAGAGCCUUACGUACCGACAACUACCGCCCGGAAGUAUCGGCUGAAAAGUCCGCAAGAGCGAAACAACCUUUCCUACAAAGUCAAACGGCAAAGGAACAAUGAUGCCGUCCGUAGAAGUCGUUCUAAGGCAAAACAGUUGCAAAUGAUGAAGGAAAAACAAUUGGAGGAUGCAUUGACGGAGGUGACUGAAUUGAAGGAAAAGCUCAGAGUUGCGCAGGAGAGGCUCUCUCGAUGUCGCUGCCGACAGUGA